AUGGCAUUGGCAAGCACGAAGGAUAUGGUUGUGUACGGUUGCUUCUGUGCUAUCUUCAUCAUCACAAUACCUCUAUUCUUCUACCGAAGACGAUACACAUUGAUCUCAGAGCGAACGCCAUAUCUAGUAUUGUGGAUGCAGGUGCCUCUGUUUGGGAUCAUGACUAUUCUGUGCCUGCUGUACAAUACAUUGAUUCCCAACUCAGUAGCCUAUUGUGCCACCAUCUUGAUACUGUGCCUGCAAACGCUAUUCCUGUGCUCAAUAACUGCACGCAUAGCGAACGUCGCCAUCAAAUCAAUCCAACAGCAACACAUUAAAAGUCUCCUACGUGAAAAGGUGCCGUUGCUACGCAUACCCAAUGACACGGGGAAUCCAGACAGUAAUCAUUCUGAGUGCUUGUCUGUGGGCAGUGGCAGCGGUAAGGGUGGCACAGUGCAAUAUCUGUGGUGGCACUCAGCAUAUCUCACGAAAUUCGGAAGGUAUCAGAAAUUCAAGCACACUUUCGGAAUCUACGCGCUGAUAUGUAUGCCUUGGUUCGUAGCCCUGACCAUUAUCUUCGCUGUGAAUGUGCCUAAUGCGGGCGAUGCAGUACUUAAUGAAUCUUUGUUCUGGUACAGAGUGUCCAUCUGCACCACGCAGAUCAGCUUAGUAUUGUUGGUGUUCCCCCUGGUAGUAGUGGAUAUCUUCUUCUUAACUAUUGAGAUCAGUAUAGUAGCUCUUAUUCUAUUGGGCGAUGCCGUGGUUCUCCUGGCCUGUCGGUAUGUGCCCCCUGAACCCUCGCAAGUACUGGAAGCAAAUAUGUGUUCGCACUAUGUAUAUGGCUGCUUGUUCACUGUUCAUAUACUGACUAUUCUGGUGCCUGCGCUGUUGACCUUCAUCCCCGUCAUGCGCACCCAACGCGUGCUGCUGCAGGCGGACAUGGGACUGGCUGAAGAAAACACAACCACUGGCGAAAUCGACGCAGAUGAUACUGCUGAGACGGCAGAUACGCAAGAAGACGACACUGCGGAAUACCCAGCUGACCAAUCUUUGCCUUUGGCUGUGGUUCUGGUAAACAGACCUCUGACCACCAUGUUCUACAAACAUCUGAGACGCGAGUACGCGACCGAGAACUUCCUAUUUUUGCUAUCUAUCAACAGAUUCCGUUCUAGAUUCAGUGAAAAGAGACGCAUGUCGAACAGAUCCAUGGGCAAGAUCUCCAGUCAGAGCACUGGGUCUGAUCUGGGGCGGCUAACUGACAGUUCCAAUGACGUUGCUAAGGUGGUUGAGCAAGUGUUUGUGGACACCUCAGCGGAGAAGGGUGCAAGCAAGCACAAGAGUAUCAAGAACAAGGACAAAACCAAGAAUAAAUACAGUAAUGGGAGUAUGGGCUUGGCUGUGGCAGAAAGACCUGCACUGCUACAAGUGAACGAGAUUGUGUGUGUAGAAGCCAUGCCUGCGAAUGUGAGCACGAAUAGUGCUAUGCAGUUUAAGAUAGAUGUAGCUGAGGUUGCUGAGCGCAUCCACCAGCGCUUCAUCCAGCCGUCCGCUGAGUUCCAGGUCAAUCUGACCUAUGGGUGUGUGGCCAAUAUCGAACGAUUACUGGAGUUGGACGACUGCUUCGCGACAAUGUUCGAUGAAGCGGCGCGUCAUGUGUCCCGUUUAUUGGAACUGGACUCCAUGCCCCGUUUCCAAAAAUUACAUGGCAAGGCCAUUUAUAAGGCAUUGGAUGGCGCUAUAGGAAACACCAAAGUGUGACCAAAUUAGAUGCAGAUGCCGAGGAUAGGGAGAACAAAAAAAAAGGAGAUUCUGUGGAAAUCACUAUUUACUAUGAAAAUUAGGUUAAUCCUGCGAACCCAGAUAUGCAAUUGAUGGUAACUUUUGAGCUGGUGCAAUCUGUGGUAAUGGUAUAUCUGUAA